AUGCUUGAGGGAUUCCAGCAGGUUCGUUUGUUUAGGGGGAGGAGUCGAUGGGUCAUCAGCCGGCCGCCACCAGAACAAGGCUUGGCUCUUGGCAAAGACAUCGAAUACGAUUUCGACUUCACUCUUUUUAUUGUAUACAAACACUAUCAACGCAUCCUCACCCAAUGGCCCGUCGACCUCCUUCGCCCGGAAGUCUCAUUCCAGAAAGCCAUACAGCGCCGGAUAGAUACACGGCUCAAGCCUUCGACAACGGCUCCUGAAGAUAACGUUGUGUUCAAUCAAGCUCAAGCGACGGUACCGACAAAGGUAGCGUUUGAUGAGAAGGGCGAGCUGGAGCAGGUCAAUGUGCUUUAUUCGUUCCUGGAAAACCGGUAUACAAAGACGUACCCAUUGUCUGAGAAGAUGAUGAGACCGGCUUCGAAUCCAAACUACUACGAUGGCCUGUUGAAGGAGCUUAAUGAGGCGCCAACGCGGUCUUGGUUUCAGAGCAUGGUCAUCAGGUGGAAGGGGUCCCUUCGCUUUUCGUGA